AUGUCGAUGAUUGGUGGCGGAUACGCCGGGGUAUUCGGGACAUGGUACAAAGUAAUGGACAAGAAAAAGAGUAUAAAAGUCACGAAGACGGCAGGAAUGGAUUCGGACCAGGGCAUCCACAGCAAGGAUGAAUCCGACCCAGAGGAGCAGGAGGAGUCCUGCAAACACUGGAGAUGGGACAUAUACGCAGGCGAGGAAGACUCGGAGGAUGGUUACGAUUACCAGUCCGAGUGGGUCGUUAAGGAGAAAUUGCAGCACGGAGAGUGCCACAACAAUGAAGAGAAUGAUUGGGAAAAUGUUGGGCAACAACGACACUCUAACAAGUCAAAGGCGACGAAAGUCGAUGGGACAGAUAGUCACGAAGGACGGAGUUCGAUGUUAGGUAGAUUAAACCUUAGCCGAAGCUGGGGUUCAGACCAGCUGAGGCUCUACUUAAAUACACUACUGUGGGAGUCAGUCCAUGAUGAUCGUGCACUGCGUAAUCCGGCUGACUAA